UUCCUAGGAGCCAUCAUUUGAGAUGCUUCCGUUGUCUGGGAAAACAAUAAUAUUUGAUAGCUUUCCUGAUCCUUCAGAUACCUGGGAAAUAAUUGAGACUAUCGGCAAAGGAACUUAUGGAAAAGUUUUCAAGGUGUUAAAUAAGAAAAAUGGCAGCAAAGCAGCAGUCAAAAUUUUGGAUCCUGUUCAUGAUAUUGAUGAAGAAAUUGAAGCUGAGUACAACAUUUUGAAAGCUCUCUCUGAUCAUCCCAAUGUAGUCAAAUUCUACGGCAUGUAUUAUAAGAAAGAUGUGAAAAAUGGAGACCAGCUUUGGCUAGUUCUUGAGCUGUGCAAUGGUGGAUCUGUGACUGAUCUUGUGAAAGGAUUUCUGAAGAGAGGCGAAAGGAUGAAUGAACUUAUAAUUGCCUACAUUUUACGUGAAGCUCUGAUGGGACUUCAGCACUUGCAUGAAAACAAAACUAUCCACCGUGAUAUUAAGGGAAAUAAUAUCCUUUUGACCACUGAAGGAGGAGUCAAGCUUGUGGAUUUUGGUGUGUCUGCUCAGCUGACCAGCACUCGUCUCCGUCGGAACACCUCCGUGGGCACUCCGUUCUGGAUGGCUCCAGAGGUGAUUGCCUGUGAGCAGCAGCUAGAUAGCUCCUAUGAUGCUAGAUGUGAUGCAUGGUCUCUGGGUAUUACCGCAAUAGAGUUGGGAGAUGGAGAUCCACCACUUGCUGAUUUGCAUCCCAUGAGGGCACUCUUCAAAAUACCAAGGAAUCCUCCUCCAACGCUACAGCAGCCUGAACUGUGGUCACCUGAAUUCAAUGACUUCAUUAACAAGUGCUUGACUAAAGAUUAUGAGAAGCGUCCAACAGUAUCUACUCUUUUGCAGCAUGAUUUUAUUAAGCAAAUUGAAGGAAAAGAAAACGUGCUACAAAGGCAACUCAUGGAAUUUAUUGAUGUUCAUCAACAAAUGGGAGUCACUGAAAAGGCAAGAUUUGAACGUAUUCACACAAAGAAAGGGAACUACAGUAAGUCACUAGUUUCAAACCAAGAAGAAGUAGAUGAUUUAGCAACUUUGGAAGUACUGGAUGAGAAUACAGUAACGGAACAGUUGCAGAAGGGUUAUGCCAAGGACCAGAUCUACACAUACGUUGGGGACAUUCUCAUCGCUGUCAAUCCAUUUCGGAACAUAGAUAUUUAUUCUUCACAGCAUUCCAAACUGUAUAUUGGAGCCAAACGGACUGCUAACCCUCCUCACAUUUUUGCUGUUGCUGACAUAGGCUAUCAGUCCAUGGUGACAUACAACUCUGAUCAGUGUAUUGUUAUUUCUGGAGAAAGUGGAGCUGGCAAGACGCAAAGUGCCCAUCUGCUGGUUCAGCAGCUCACUGUCCUUGGCAAGGCUAAUAACAGGACUCUGCAGGAGAAAAUUCUCCAGGUGAACAACCUUGUAGAAGCAUUUGGGAAUGCAGGCACUAUCAUCAAUGAUAAUUCAAGCAGAUUUGGAAAAUAUUUGGAAAUGAAAUUCACUUGUGGUGGCACUGUAGUAGGAGCUCAGAUUUCAGAGUACCUCCUUGAAAAGUCCAGAGUUGUCCACCAGGCAGUAGGAGAGAAAAAUUUCCAUAUUUUUUAUUAUAUUUAUGCUGGUCUCGCAGAAAAGAAAAAACUGGCACAUUAUAAACUGCCAGAAUAUAGACCUCCCAGAUAUCUGCAAAAUGAUCAUUUCAGAAUAGUGCAAGAUUUCAUGAACAAUAGCUUUUAUAAGUCUCAGUUUGAAUUAAUAGAACAGUGCUUCAAAGUCAUAGGUUUUACACUGGAGGAACUUGGAAGUGUGUACAGUGUCCUGGCUGCCAUUUUAAAUGUGGGUAACAUUGAAUUUUCUGCAGUAGUAUCCGAACAUAUGAUUGACAAGAGCAACAUUUCCAAUCCAGUAGCCCUUGAGAACUGUGCAUCCCUGCUGUGUAUUCAGGCAGAUGAACUGCAAGAGGCCCUCACCUCUCACUGUGUUGUGACUCGUGGAGAAACAAUUAUUCGUCCCAACACUGUGGAAAAAGCCACUGAUGUCAGAGAUGCCAUGGCCAAAGCACUGUACGGGCGCCUCUUCAGCUGGAUAGUCAAUCGCAUCAACACUUUACUCAAACCUGACAAACAUUUAAGUGAAAAUGAUGACGGCUUGAAUAUUGGAAUUCUUGAUAUCUUUGGCUUUGAGAAUUUCAAAAAAAAUUCUUUUGAACAACUGUGUAUCAACAUUGCCAAUGAGCAAAUUCAGUUCUACUUCAAUCAACAUGUCUUUGCCUGGGAACAGAAUGAAUACCUUUACGAAGGUGUUGAUGCAAGAGUUAUAGAAUACGAGGACAACAGGCCCCUCCUAGAUAUGUUCCUGCAGAAACCAAUGGGUUUAUUGUCUCUGCUGGAUGAGGAAAGUCGAUUCCCACAAGCAACAGAUCAGACACUUGUAGAAAAAUUUGAAGAUAAUUUGAAGUCAAAAUAUUUUUGGAGACCCAAAAGAGUAGAUCUAACCUUUGGAAUUUAUCAUUAUGCAGGAAAGGUUCUGUAUAAUGCAAGUGGAUUCCUAGCCAAAAAUAGAGAUACUCUGCCAGCUGAUAUUGUGCUGCUGCUGCGAUCUUCUGAAAACAACCUGACGCGACAGCUGGUAACUCACCCUCUCACAAAAACAGGUAACCUGGCACACACCAAAAGCAAAACUACAAUCAGUUAUCAAAUGUGGACCUCCCAAAAAUCAAUCAGUCAUACAAAGAAUGAAGCAGGAGAUACUGGACAUCAUCCAAGAGAAACAACCAGCAUGAAAACACAGACAGUUGCUUCUUAUUUUAGAUAUUCUCUGAUGGAUUUGUUAUCCAAAAUGGUCGUUGGCCAGCCCCAUUUUGUCAGGUGCAUCAAGCCAAACAACGACCGGCAGGCAAACAAGUUUGACAAAGAAAAAGUGUUGGUUCAGCUGCGUUACACGGGAAUUCUGGAGACAGCACGGAUUCGAAGACAGGGUUAUUCACAUCGUAUACUCUUCGCUAACUUCAUAAAACGGUAUUACCUCAUCUGUUACAAAACAAAUGAUGAUCCUCCAGUCAGCCCGGAGACCUGUGCUGCCAUCUUGGAAAAAGCCCACCUUGACAACUGGGUUCUUGGAAAAACUAAAGUAUUCCUCAAAUACUAUCAUGUGGAGCAGCUGAAUUUAAUGCGGAAGGAGACAGUUGACAUGAUUAUUUUGAUUCAAGCUUAUGUCAGAGGGUGGCUAGGUUCGAGGAGAUACAAAAAGAUAAAGGAACAAAGGGAACAAAGUGCUAUUAAAAUACAGUCAGCUUACAGGGGGUUUGUUGCUCGUAAAGAAUACAAAAAUGCAAAGCAUAAUAAAAAAGUGGAAGAAUAUAUGACCAAAUUUCAAGCAAUUGCCAGAGGAUACUUACUCAGGAAGAAGAGGAAAGAACUAACUGAAACAAGAAACAAAGCAGCAAUAACAAUUCAGUCUCACUACAGGGGAUAUAAGGAGAGGAAGGUCUUCAAAAGCAGGAGGGAAUUGCUUAGAAAGCAAGAAAUCGAAAAUGCAGCAACCAUUAGCAAGAAGGAAAAUGAUGAAGAACUUCAAGAUCCUGAGGAAAGUCCAGCUGAAGUGGAAGGUGCCCUCCCUAGAACAGAAGAAGAAGCAGCUGCCAUAGCAGAGGAUGAACUAUCUGCUGUGGAAUUCCUUGAAGCACAACUGCAGCCAGCUCAAAAUGAUACACUGGAAGAAGUGGCAAGUGAGGAGACUCAAGAUGAACCUGGUGCUGUCUCUGACAGCAAGUGCUCCAGGUACAGGAAUGGAGAGGAGCAACAGCAAACAUCUAGUGAAGGAGAGGCAGCUUCUGUGAAGCAGAACCUGGCAGUAGAAGAGGUUAGUGAAGGUGAAGAACAGGACUCUUUGGAAGAGUUACCCAGAAAAUCUUCUCUCAAAACCUCAGCUGAACCUAGACCCCACCAAGAGCAUGAUAAUCAAGACACACUCAGUGCAGACUGGCAAAAUCAAGAAUCUGCUGUGGUCCAGCCCAGCACCGACAGGGAUGUGGAAAGAAAUUACCUAAAGCGUGAAGCAGCAAUGCCUACAGGAGGUAAAGGAAUCACAAGAAAAGAGUCACUAAGAAGAGGCUCAUGGAAGCAAGCUGAGGCAGAAAAGCAAGGUUCUGAAGACAAAGAGAAGGCAGCAGUGGUAAUUCAGAGCAAUUACCGGGGUUACAGAAGGAGAGGACAACUCAGAAAAGAAGGGAAACUACCUUGCAAAAGUCAAGAGAAAACAAUAAAGGAGCCAACAGAAGCAAUACACGUUCAAAAUAACAAUCCCCAAACAACAAAAGGUAGGGAAAGCACCAGUACAGAGGCUGAAGACUCUAAGGCACUGAAGGGAGACUCAGAGAAAGAGGCUUGUGAUUUGGCAGCCUUUUCACGACAGAUAUCAAAAUUAUCUGAGGAUUACUUAGCAUUGCAGCAAAAACUGAAUGAAAUGAUAUUGUCCCAUCAGCUGAGACCUGUGAUGAUGCCCAAAGAUAAGCAAGCUAAUGGCCGGCUUCCUUCUCAUGUUUGUCAGUCAGUUGUGGCCAAAGUAGAAGACUCUCGCCCAAUGCAGAGACCCCCCAGAAGGCCACGGAAGCCCAAGACAUUAAAUAAUCCAGAAGACUCCACCUACUACACUCUGAUACAUAAAUCAAUACAGGAUGAAAAACGGAAACCAAGGAAAGAAAGUCUGAGCAAAGUGCUAGAUUUAGAUAUCUACUACCAAGAAAUUUCAUCUACUGACUCCAGCUCCAAGGACAGCAGUACUACCACAAGAAGGAAGAGAUACCCAGUUGAGCGCAGGACUUCCAUUUUACGAGCUACUGAGAGGUCGAGGGUUGCAGAAAGACCCCUGGAAGAGAGCAAAGCCGAAGAUAAUCCCUAUGACUACAGACGACUGCUGCGGAAGACCUCACAGCGCCGGCGCCUUAUCCAGCAGUUCUAG